GCCCCGGGGGGGUCCCGUAACGCCGAGGUUCCCCCCCGCCGCUUCCCGUACAGCCCACGGUGGCAGCGUCCCUUCCGCCGGUGUUGGCGUUUCUGGGAGCUGUGAGCCCCGUGUCCCUGUGUCCGUGUGCCGCGUGGGGUCGACGCGAAGCUCCUGAGCCCCUAACGGCGGGGCUACUGCCGGGCAGCCGCAGCCGGGAACGGGCGGCUCCUGCAGGAUUAGGCAGGGAUGGGGAAGAGGAUUAGCUCCUGCAAGAUCAGGGAGGGAUGCGGAGGGAGAUCGGCUGCUGCCGUUAAUUAACCCGCGGCAGCACCGGGACCGGCUCCCGGGCGGACUCGGAGCUGGUGGCUCCCGUUCUCCCCUCCUGCUCCUUUCCCCACAGCCUCGAGGGCGGCUGAGCCGAAGGAGCCGUGCGAGACCGGCCCCGGGGCGGAGCUCGGCGGGGCGGAGCGGGGCCCGGCGCGGUCCUGCGGAUGCUUCGGCACCGGUGGCUGGAAGGGGGCGAGCCGCAGCCCGGCAUUGCCUAUCCAGACCCCAUACCGAGACCAGGAGCAGGUCCGACCGCUCACCUCCAGCACCGGCUCCGGCCAUCUUCUCUGCCCAGCAUCGGCGUUAGCCCUUCGGUACCGGCACCGGCUCUUCUUCACCGGCACAGAUCCUCCAGCACCGGGACUGCCCCACACCGGCCCUUUCCCCCGGCACCGUUCUCCAGGGCAGCACCGGUACCGCUCGUCCUUCCCCGGCACCGGGACCGACCCCUCCCGGCGGCCACGGGCGCUGCCGUCCGAGCCAGGUACGGGACACCGCCGGCGAUGCGAGCGAUGGCAGACCAGGCUGCAGUGGCGGCGGAGGCCUCUCCAACCCUGGCACCAUCCCCGGGCUCUCCUCGACACAGGGACAUCAACGGGACAAAGUCCCAUCCUGCCAGCACCAGGGAGAAUGGCAGCGGCGGGGAGGGCAGUGGGACCCUAUUCCCCAUGGAGGGGGACACGAAGCCCCUGUCCAUGCUCCUGGCUGACAUCCCACGGGGCCCCCAGUCGCGGCUGGGCCCGUCCAAGUCCCGCACGGCUCCAUCCUCCCCCAGCGUGUCCCCGUCGGAGAGCCGCACCGCGCUGCUCCGGCUGCGGGAGGCCAGGCUGGAGGACACCAGGAGGCGGCUGUCGGAGGCCGUGCAGGAGCCCCUCAGCCGCCUGAGCCGCCUGAUGGCCGAGGAAAGCGGCCCUGCGGGCCAGGCAAAGGCAGGGGGCAGCCCGGGGCGAGGGGAAUCGGGAGGCAGAGGGGACGGGGGGCAGCGGGCACGGGACUGGAGCCCCUGGGAGCCCACCCUGAAUUGCCGCUAUGAGAUCUGCUCCUACGGGGACGUCAUCCAGGUGGUGGAGGUGGCACAGCACAAGGCCGAGUCCCCGGAGCAGCCACCGCCAUCGGCCCUGCCUGGGGGCACGGUGCCGGGCCGGGCCUUGGCCUGCGUGGCGCUGCUCACCUACGGUUACCUGGUGCUGCCGCUGCCGCCCUACGCUGCAGGCCUCUGCCUGGGCCUCACCUGCGGCCUGCUGCUGGGCCUGCUCGCCGUCCUGCUCCUCCUGCUGAAGCCGCCGCCGCUGCCGCGCCUGCGCCCCGAGCUGCUCCUGGACAGCCCACGGAGAACCCACGGCCUGCAGGGCUGGCUGAACCAGCUGCACACCUAUGACCCUGAGCUGUACCACCCGUCACUCACACACUCGGUGCUGGCCACGCUGGAUGGGGCCACCCUCAAGUUGUCCUACCCCAAAAGCAACAUCCCACGCCAGGCCACCUUUGCAGAGGAAAUCCUCGAUGUCGCCUUCGUCAGCCAUCGUUGCUACGAUAUGAGCGGUGCCAAGGUCUCCCUCUGCCCCCCCGGCUUGGCCCGAAAGCGACUAUGGAACAAGAAGUACCCCAUCUGCAUCCUCUUCCCAGAACAGACAGACACAGAACAUAGGAGCAGUGAUGAGCAUGGCACAGAGCAGCCAGGGGAAGAAGGGACGAAGAAGCCACAGGCACCUGGCCAGGAAGUCCCAGGGGACUGCAGGGAAAGGUGCCUGUACCUCUUUGGGAGGACAGGAAGGGAGAAGGAGGAGUGGUACCACCAUCUCCUGCAAGCCUGCAGUGGGAACCCCAGCAGCAGCCAUGGUGAAGCCAGGCCAGGCAAAGAACCGGCUGCACAGAGUGGUGCCAGCAGCAUUAGUGGGAGCACUGAGGACAUCCCCUCUGCCAUCAGAUCCAAGGAGCUGGCUGGAAUCUUUCAGCAGAAGAUUUUUCUGGAUUACAGCACCUACAUGGCCCAAUUUGUGCCAGCAGAGACAGGGAACAGCCCAGAGCAGAGCCCCCCUCACAGCACACUGGGCAGCCCUGCAGCCACCAAGCUCAGUGAGGACACAGCUGGGUGUACUGAGGGCUGUGUGGCCUGGGUGAAUGCACUGGUAGGGCGCAUAUUCUGGGACUUCCUCCGGGAGCGUUACUGGGCUGAGCAGGUGUCCAGCAAGAUCCAGAAAAAGUUGAGCAAGAUCAAGCUCCCAUAUUUUAUGAAUGAGCUGAAACUGACAGAGCUGGACAUGGGCACAUCCAUCCCUUCCAUCCUCAGCGCCUCCAAGCCCACCAUCAAUGACCGAGGUCUCUGGGUGGAUAUGGAGGUCACCUACAGCGGCUCAUUGCAGAUGACCCUCGAGACAAAGAUGAACCUCUGCAAGCUGGGGAAGGAAGGUGCUGCAGAGGACAGUGGCCAGGUAGAGCCAAGUGGAGAAGGGACCAAGCUUCGGCUCAUCCUGCUGGCAGAUAGCGAUGCAGAGUCAUCCAGCGCUGGCUCCUCUGAUGAGGAGGACAUUGUCACUGCAGAGCCUGCUGGAGUCCCAGGGGAGCGAGUCCUGCCACCCGGCACUGAAGGCCAUGUGAGCAGCAACAGCACGGGCCGGAAGAUCCUGCGCUUUGUGGAUAAGAUUGCCAAGUCCAAGUACUUCCAGAAGGCCACAGAAAAUGAGUUCAUCAAAAAGAAGAUCGAGGAAGUUUCCAACACACCACUGCUGCUGAUGGUGGAGGUGCAAGAGCUGGCAGGCACCUUGGCUGUGAAUGUGCCACCGCCACCAACUGACCGUGUCUGGUACAGCUUCCGUGUUCCACCCCAGCUGGAGCUGAAGGUGUGCCCAAAGCUGGGUGAGAGGGAGGUAACAUUCGUACAUGUCACUGAGUGGAUUGAGAAGAAGCUGCAGCAUGAAUUUCAGAAAAUUUUGGUGAUGCCAAACAUGGAUGAUCUCAUCAUUCCAAUCAUGCAUUCUGGCCUGAAUCCUCAGCCACUCACUGGGGAGCUGCCCAGGGACAUACCAGUCAGGGGAGAGAAGAGGCUCUGAAGUUCAGCCAUAUGGGCAGGGUAGAGACACUGCAAAGGGCUCAGGGACCUCACUGGGACACAUCAUCAAGCUGAGGCCUGGCCACUAAUGGCAUCCAGUACUAUGCCAUGGGACCUGAGCAUCUCAGUUCAUCUCAUUCUCAGCAUCCUGCACUUUGUAGAUGAGCCUGCUCCUUAAAUAUUGCAAGAAAAUUCAGAGACAAAGCAGACCCAGGGGAAGGGGUUUGCUGGACACCCAAGAACUUCACACACCUCCCACCAGCAUCUCAGGAUUCCUCCUAACCAAGUGGACAGCUCCAGAGCAGCAGAGGGCCGUAGUUUCCACUGUCUGAUUCCCAAAGAGGGUGCAGGACACCCAGAUAAGUUCUGCACUCAACGAGUCACAAUCACCUUGGAUCCAAGGCACCACAACUCCAAGACACCCUCCCGCUGGCAGCUGGGCUGCAAGGAAAACGGGUGAGAAACUAAUCCAAAAUCUGAAUAAAUCCAUCACUGGCCAGUCUUACCUAUCAACCACGUCAUUGU